AUGGCUGAGGAAAGAAGCAACGAAUACACGCCUCUUGAUUUGAGCAUGAAAGACAAAGCUGCCCCAAGUACAAGCUUUGACGGUACCCAGGGUGCUUCAACUACUUUGGGCGCCUACAACACGACUUCUGAGGACGCCUUGCAUUACCAGAGGAACACGCAGCGCCCGCCGAUGACCUGCGAGACUUUCAACGUCGAUGGUGUCACUGACAAUGGCAGCACAAGCUGCCAGCACCUGGGGUCCUUCAGGAGCAUCGAUAACGCUAGGCCCAGCACAAGUCGCGCUGCCAUGGAGGAAGCAUCAGCCAAUUCUGAAGACGGCGCCACGAAUGCAGGAAGAAAACGGCAAGAAUCCUGCGGUGUCAGACCAAGUGAUCAAUCGCCUGUGAAGAAAUCGAACCACGAAUGCCAAACAUGUAGUAAAUUGUUUCGCAGUGCUCAUAGUCUAACUCUACAUUAUCGCACGCAUACCGGCGAGAAACCACACAAAUGCGAAAUAUGCGACAAAUCAUUUACGCAGAAGUCAAAUUUGCAUAUUCAUCAACUGAUUCACACAGGCAAAGUUGUUUGCGCCGCAUCAAUACGUAAACCGGCCAAGACCAUUACAAAAUUCCUAACGGGAGCCACGGGCAUCGAAAAGACGUUGCAACUCAUGUGGUGCGAAUUGCUCCGACACCACAUAACGUGCGUGCCUCAACGGAGCAGAGUGGGUGAAGGGAACACCUACCGCUGGGCUGACACGCGAGGUGUUCCGUGA